UUUUUAAAUCGUAAAUGGCCGUUGCAGUGUAUCCUAUGAUUUGUUUUUGCCUGGUUGUAGUUUAAACCGUUAACGCCCACGAGCAACUUCCGGUUCAUGUGAACCGGUGUCACUGUCAUUGAGGUCGAAAUCACUUUUUUAUGUAAUACGGACAAAGAGCAUCUAGAGUGCGACAUUUAAAUCCAAAAGACACAUCAUUUAUCAAGUAAGAACAUAUCCGUGCUGGACGGAAGAAAAAUACAGAAGAUAAACUCUAUUAUUGAAUAAUUCCGCAAUGUCAGACACAAAUAGUAACAGCACUGUUCCGGAGACUUCCCACGUUCCUGUUGUUUUAAUUGAAAAUGUUAACCCGAACGUUAGGAACAUGGAAUAUGCUGUCAGGGGACCAAUUGUUGCGAGGGCUGCAGAAAUUGACUCAGAAAUAAAGAGUGGUGUAAAAAAACCAUUUGCUAAAGUUCUGCCAGCAAACAUAGGGGACUGUCAUGCCACAGGUCAGACUCCUAUAACUUUCAUUCGACAGGUAAUUGCCUUAUGUGCUUAUCCUGAACUGUUGACAAGUCAAGAAUUUCCUGCAGAUACAAAAGAAAGAGCUAAAAGAAUAUUGGCAGGUUGUAGAGGAGGAAGUAUUGGGUCUUACAGUGGUAGCCCUGGUGUAGAGGUUAUACGCCAAGAUAUUGCAGAAUACAUUGCAAAGCGUGAUGGAGUUCCAAGCAAAAGUGAGGAUGUAAUCUUAUGCACAGGUGCUAGUGAUGGUAUCAAAACUAUACUCAGCAUGCUGAUGACUGGCAAAACAGGAAAUGAAAGAGCUGGAAUAAUGAUUCCCGUACCACAGUAUCCUCUGUACUCAGCAACACUUACUGAAUACAAUGCCCAACCAAUACGAUAUUUCAUGAAUGAGGAAAACAAUUGGUCUUUGGAUAUCAGUGAACUUAGGAGAGCUAUUGAAGAAGCAAAAUCCAAAUGUUUACCUCGAGCGAUUUGUGUAAUUAACCCAGGGAAUCCAACAGGCCAGGUGUUAACACGGAAAAACAUUGAAGAUGUCAUCAAAUUUGCUCAUGAUGAGCGGUUGAUGAUUUUGUCAGAUGAAGUUUAUCAACACAAUGUCUAUGCUAAAGGAUCAGAGUUUUUCUCAUUUAAAAAGGUUUUAAUGGAAAUGGGUGCACCAUAUAAUAGGCAUGAACUUGCAUCUUUUAUGUCAGCAUCAAAAGGUUUCAUGGGAGAAUGCGGGUUCAGGGGUGGAUACUUUGAAGUUGUCAAUUUUCACCCAGCAGUAAAAGCCUGCUUGCUGAAGACAAUAUCAGUAAAGCUUUGCCCACCAGUUGCUGGACAAGCUGUUAUAGAUUGUGUGGUCAACCCACCUGUCCUUGGGGAUCCAUCUUAUGACCUUUUCAUGAAAGAGAAAACACAUGUUCUGUCUCAACUUAAAGAGAAGGCAAACUUAGUCACUGAACUUUUCAAUUCUAUUGAAGGUAUCAAAUGCAACACAGUUCAGGGAGCAAUGUAUUCUUUCCCACAAAUAUUUCUGCCACCAAAGGCCAUAGAAGCUGCAAAGGCUAAAGGCCAAACACCAGAUUCUUUUUAUUGUUUCUCACUGCUGGAAGAGACAGGACUGUGUGUAGUACCAGGAAGUGGAUUUGGACAAAAAGAGGGAACCUACCAUUUCCGAAUGACCAUCCUUCCUCCUCUAGAAGAAAUAAGAAGUGUGUUGCAAACUUUUAAAGAGUUCCAUUUGCAGUUUUUAUCCAAGUAUAAGUAAAUACUGUUAAGUUGGCAUAUGGAUCACCAAGAUUUUCUGGUAAUGACCUUCACCUGUGUACUUUCAUAAAUAAAUGGAGGAGUUGUGAUAGAAACAACAUAUUGUGAUAUUUUAAAACCAAUUUUUCAAAAUAAACUGCUUUAAACUUUGAAUGAAACCGGUUAUGAGUUAUUUCCCUUUAACUACUCUAUGUGAUUGAUGUUUACAUGGUACAAUAUGACCUAUAAUCAUGAUAGUCCUAUAUGUCUCUACAAUCUCACUGUGCCAUGUUAGUUUUUCCAAUGUAUUUGAAAUAUAGUUGAUAUUAUAGAUUUUUUUUCUGUUAAUAUUAUUAGUGUAUUAUAUAUCAAUGAGUCAGAGAGAUAUUUUCAACACUUUUUCUUCUGCUGUAAUAUGCUAUUUUGCAAAAAGUAUUAUUAAAGUAACCUAUAUUGAUUAGAAUAAUUGUUAUACUUAAUAAAUUAUUAUAAUAAUUUAUUUUCAUGAAUAUUCUGGAACUGAGAGAGAAGAUUUGUGUUCAGUGGUUUGAGAUUAUGACCAAUAAUUUCUACUUUUCAAAUUAUUUUUACCUGUAACCCAUUUUCUUGGCUAAAAAGUAACAUGACAAGAGCUGAUCAUCACAACUGAUGAUCAUAAUUUACCAUUACUUAGAUGAUGAUAGAUUUCUGUUUAUUUGUAAUAUGCCCUGUUACAUUUUAUUUAUAUUAAUGAAUUUUAUAAUUUGUAUAUGCUUAAAAGAUAUUCACAAUAUAGACAUGAUAGAUAUAAGAAGAUGUGAUAUGAUUGCCAAUGAGACAACUCUCAAUCCAAGUCAAAAUUUAUAAAAGUAAACCAUUAAAGGUCAAAGUACGGUCUUCAACACGGAGCCUUGGCUCACACUGAACAGCAAGCUAUAAAGGGCCCCAAAAAUUACUAAUGUAAAACCAUUCAAACGGGAAUGUAUUUUUUUAGUAAGUUUGUGUGUUAAUUUUUUCUGUUGGCAGAUGCAAUGUUUAAUUAAGAUUUUGAUGUCACUCUAAUCCGUUAACUUGUGAUUUAGAAUGAUUGCUUGUUGUUUCAUAUUUGAAAGCUUUUACCGUUCUUGAAGUUUGUUAGAAUUGAAUUCAAGUGAUAAUGCUGAGUUUGGUAUCAAUAGAUAUAAGAAGAUGUGGUAUGAGUGCCAAUGAGACAACUCUCCAUCCAAGUAAAAAUUUUAUAAAAGUAAACCAUUAUAGGUCAAUGUCUAUAAUUCUAAAAAAUAUUAAUAAUCCUUUAUCUUAAAUGAUAAACACGUCUUGUCUGGUAGCUACUGUAAAACUAAAUAGAUAAUAAUUUAUAUGCAGUUAUCUCCCUUCCUAUGUGGUUUACGAUUUGCCAUAAUGAGAAAGAUUUUUUGUCCAUAUCUGUGGGUAUUCUGAAAGUGAUUCAGUAAAAACAUUAUUCAUUAAUGUACAUCUGUGAUUUACAACUGCUUUAUUUUAAGAAGACUCAACUUUUAGCAUUUUAAUAAUUGAAGUUUAUCUUUAUAUUAGAAUAUCCACAAAAGCUUUAAUAACUAGAAUUUUGGUUAUGGUGCUAUUUACUGUUAUUUUUUUGUUUUGUUUAUAUAUACAGAUGCAUAUAUUUAGUCUAAGAAAAUAGGGACCUAUUUAGCCUGUUUUCUGAAAAUAGGAUCCUUAUAUGUUCUUUAUUUGUAGUAAAUUGUUUAAUUUCUGUUUUGUUAAAGAUUGUUAACUUAAUGUAUUAUUAGUUUGCCCAACAAAGUUAAGGACUAAUAGUGUAUCUUUUGUGUUAACAUCAAUGACUGGACUUGCAUCUUGAAAAUUGAAAGACAUAGGUCAUGCAAAAUUAAAAGAUUCUUAAAGUAUCAUCUGAUUUUGCAAGCAUAUAUAUGUCUUAUAAUGAAGAUGGUCCCAUACCAAAGUAGGUCAACAUGACCAAUAAUUGAUGCUUCUGUGACUUUAAUUUUGUUGUUUAAUUUCCAUGUUGAAGAUCAUGUGAGUUGAAGAUUUAUCUUACUUGUAUGUAGCUAGGUGUAUCCUAAUGAGUAGGUUGGAAUCCAGUUGAAAGUAGGUUACUCUGACCUAAACUUUUUUACAAAUGACCGGUUUAAGUUUAUUUCAAAAUUUAUCUUUGUUAUUGUAAGUUGAGAAGGCUAGUAUUCAGACCAAUUCAAUUUGAUUGCUGUUGAUAUUUUAAUGAUUUUUGCCUCGCCUUGACGGAGUCCAAAAGCGAGACAUAGAUAUGCUGUUUGCGGUGGCGGCUUCAAUAAUGUAUUCGUUUGUGAUUAGGUCUAGUUCAUGGUGAACCACCAGUGGUAGGUCAAUGAUAUUUGGUAUGCAGUUGUAUUAGCAUUGGCACAUCUCAUUACCAUGGAGAUUAUUUGGCCCUGCCCCCUCAGUCAAGGUCUAUUGACUUUGAAACUUUGCUUAGUUUACAUGUAUUAGUUUGUGAUUAGGUCAGUUUAUGGGGAACCACUAGUGGUAGGUCAAUGAUAUUUGGUAUGCAGUUGUAUAAGCAUUGGCAUAUCUCAGUGCCAUGGAGAUAAUUUAGCCCCGCCAUCUCAUUCAUGGUCUAUUGACUUUGAAACUUUUGCUUAGUUUUCAUGUAUUAGUUUGUGAUUAGGUCAGUUUAAGGGGAACCGUUAGUGGUAGGUCAAUGAUAAUUGGUAUGCAGUUGUAUAAACAUUAGCACAUCUCAUUUCCAUGGAGAAUAUUUGGUCCUUACCCCUCAGUCAUGGUCUAUUGACUUUGAAACUUUUACUUAGUUUACAUGUAUUAGUUUGUGAUUAGGUCAGUUUAAGAUGAACCACUAAUGUUAAGUCAAUGAUAUUCGGUAUGCAAAUGUAUUGGCAUUUGCAAGUUUCAUUUCCAUGGAGAUUAUAUAAUCCCACCUCCUAAUUAUGGUUCAUUGUCUUUAAAACUUUUACAUAGUUUACAAGUUAAUGUUUGAGUUUAGGUUUGUUUAAAGGGAACGACUUAUGAAAAGUCAAUGGUAUUUGGUUUGCAGUUGUAUUAGCAUUGGCACAUCUCAUUUCCAUGGAGAUUGUUUAGCCCUGUACCUUCAGUCAUGGUUCAUUGACUUUGAAUAUUUGCAUAACUUACAUGUUAAAGUAUUGCUAUUUUAAUUUCAACAUUUGCAUUAUCAAAAUAACGAAUAGGCAAGACAUAUCUCUGUGUUAACAGUUUAUGGUUCAAUAUUUUGUUCUUAUGAUGCAUAUAUAAUCAAUGACAUGGUCUUUCUGAAGAAAAUAUUAGUCUGCUUUCUACAAUUUGAAUGAAUAACUGCAUCAUCUAGUGCAUGUGUACUUAAGUGUUUGGGACACUAUCUAGAAAAUAACUAAUCAGAUCACCAGCUUUUCAUGGUGAUAUGACUUUGGUUCAAGUUCAUAUCUUUAUUCCUUUGAGUGUAGGAUACUUAAAAACUUUAUUGAUUUGGACCCUAUUGAGCCAGCUUUUGUUUAAGUAUGAUGGGCCAUGCUUUAUUGACUUUAUUAAAAGUGUAUAAGAGUGUUCAUGCACUGACUGAUGAAGUUGCACACUAUGAAGGGGAUUAUUUUAGUGAUUUAUAGUACCUGCAGUUUGACCUGUUCUCGGGGAUUUAUUUUCACGUUUUUAUACGACCGCAAAAUUUUUUUUAGGGGGGUCAAUUUUUUUUCCUCAAGAUUUAAGAAAUUGUCAAUUUUCCAAAGAAAAAGAUUGGGGGUCACUUUAUUUUGCUAAUUCUUUGUAUAUAGUCUGAAAACAGAUAUAUUAAGUAUUGUGCAACAGCACAGUGUAUUGCACAGCAGCAAGAAAUCUUCAAUUGAAUAUAAAUUCAAAUCAUACAACCAAUUUCAAGUUCUUUGACACAUUUGUUCUGUGUCAGAAACCUAUAAAGUGUCAAAUACUUAAUUAAUAUCCAAAUUCAGACCUGUAUCAAGCUUGAAUAUUGUGUCCAUUUUUGCCCCAACUGUUCAGGGUUGGACCUCUGCGGUCGUAUCCAGCUGCGCUCGGCGAAGCAGUUUAUUUUGUUUCUGAUUCUAAUUGUCCUAUCAUAUUAACACAUUGGGGUGUGUUCCCAUUUUGAUCUAAGUCAUGAAAACAUAAAUCCCUUCCAAAAAUCUUCCUCACUUUACAGAAGUUUCCAAGAUGUAAUAAAUAACCAUAUUUGUGUCCAUUGAAUUAUGUAAUGAUGCAAUCUUUGCCAUUUGUGAUUAACAAAACUAUAAAUAAAAAAAAAGGAAUGCCAUGAUUUAACUAUACAUCACAUGUUUUAUAAUAGUUACUUAUCAGUUAGUAAGAAACAACAAAAGUAUUUCUAUAAUAUUUUGAAAGUUUGUACUAUAGCUUAUGUUACUUAAAAUAAGAUUAUUUGAAUAUUUUGUUAUAUUUACUGAAUUUUGUAAUGUUACACUGCUUUGAAAGUGCUUAUAUGCCUUAAUUGUUAAUGACUGUCUGCAAUAGAAACUUAAAAAGUAAAAAAUUGCAAAUCCCU